UUAUCUGUGUUUGAUUCUAAGGCCUUAACAAAUUAGGACAGCUACUUGGUCAUCCCUGUAUCAUGAUGCGGCUUACUAGUACUAAAGGGACCUUUUGAAUCUAACUAAUACUGGCCCGAUACCGGAUCCCUCACAAUGGAAAUACUGACCGGUAUCUUGAAUAUGCGCUACUGUAUCACUCAGCAGUGAUUCAGCACGCCUAAUUGACGCCAUUAAUCAAUCUUAUAUCUAUUCACUUGCUUUCAGGAACUACUUCCGUGCAUGCUCUUCAUUCCCAGCCCGCGUUCAACAUCAUGUCAACUCAACAAGCUCUGUGGCUUCCUGGUAUUGGACAGGAUUUCGUUGUUGGUACUAAAGAGAUCGACACACCUGACCCCGGUCAGCUUCUUGUCAAAAUCAUUUCGAGCGGUCUCAACCCUUUGGAUUGGAAAAUCCAAGACAGUGGAUACAUUCAAUUUGUUCCGUCAUACCCGGCAGUCAUCGGUGAAGAGGCUGCUGGCACUGUGGAAGCUGUUGGUGAGGGUGUAACUGAUUUCAAAAAAGGGGACAGGAUAUUUUUCCAAGCACAAAUAGGGAGCAAAUUUACAACAUUCCAACAGUACUGCAUCGUAUUUGCUUACUCCGCCGCAAAGAUUCCGGAGAACAUAUCUUUCGACCAAGCGGCUUCUGUACAGGUCGGCAUCAUCCCAUUCGCUGUUGCCUUGUAUGCACAACAGCCUGAAGGACUGGCUCACCUUGCGCCAUGGCUAGAGGGUGGACAUGGAAAGUAUGCUGGACAGCCUAUCGUCAUCAUGGGUGGUACAUCAACCCUCGGGCAGUAUGCCACCCAGCUUGCUAGGCUCUCUGGAUUUUCCCCUCUCAUCACUACAGCCUCAUUUCACAAUACUGAACUGCUUUCCUCGCUCGGUGCUACCCAUGUGCUUGAUCGCAAGCUCUCGACCGCUGCGUUGAAAGACGCGAUUGCCAAGAUCACAUCAACACCUAUUGCUUUGGCUUUUGACGCCAUCUCUCUUCCUGACACACAGCAAACCGCCCAUGACAUCAUUACUGCUGGAGGAACGGUCAUCACAGUGAGAGCACCUCAGGUGGAUAACAAAAGCGAGGACAAAGUAGUCCAGCAAGUGGUUGGCAUCAUACAUGCCCCUCCAAACCGUGAGCUGGGCAAGAGCUUCAUGCCCGUGUUGACGCAGUGGCUCGCCGAUGGAACAAUCAAGCCGAACACUGUUGAAGUAGUCCCAGGCGGCCUCAAUGGCGUCUCCUCUGGUCUGCAGAGACUGAAGAAUAACCUUGUCAACGGCAAGAAACUAGUUGUUCGCCCUUGGGAAACUGCGUGAAGUCCGGAGUCCAAGGCAGGAAAGUACAAAGUCUCUCCAACGUGUUUGAUAUGAAAAGAAAUUUGAUUUUCCAUUUGCGCUCAACAAAGGCGUAAACGCACACGAUAAUUCCCUGAAAUUGGCGCAUAAGUUCUCAUGUUAGCCUACGAGAAAUUGCCUCAAAUGUUCUCCUUGAGGUUGAUUUCAUUUUCCGGAAAAACAGAUCAGGAC